AUGAAUAUCUCAUCAUCAUUAUUAUCAUGUUCAAUAGAUACAUUAACUAUUCCAUUCGUUUCACAAUUAAUCAAAGAAUUUGAAGCACGAACUAUAUCAACACCUUAUGUCAGCACGCAAGAUUUUACACCAAACGAUAAUGAUGUUAUUCCUAACGGAGCAGAAUCUAAUUGUUUUCAGCAAAUGUUCGCUCGAACAAUAAAAAUCAAGAAAUAUCAAGAUCAAUUCAUCGGAGAUAAAGAACAAAUAGAUCAAACAUUGAAUAACGAUCGUUAUAAACGAGAACUACCGUCGUCAUCAUCAUCAUCAUCUUUAUCAUAUUACAGUAUUGAUAGUAAUAAUAAUAAUUAUUAUAAUAAUCAGUGGCGUAGCCAGGAAUUUUUGAGUCAUGGACCAUUUCCUGAUAGAUUGUUUUUAAGGAUGGGCAAUAUUGGGCAAUUUAAAAUCUAUUGGGCUCCAUUUUUUUAA